AUGUUUUACGCACAUUUUGUCCUCAGUAAAAGAGGGCCUCUGGCCAAAAUUUGGCUAGCGGCCCAUUGGGAUAAGAAGCUAACCAAAGCCCAUGUGUUUGAGUGUAAUUUAGAAAGCAGCGUGGAGAGUAUCAUCUCACCUAAGGUGAAGAUGGCACUCCGAACAUCAGGACAUCUCUUACUGGGAGUAGUACGAAUCUAUCACAGAAAAGCCAAAUAUCUUCUUGCAGACUGUAAUGAAGCAUUCAUUAAGAUAAAGAUGGCUUUUCGGCCAGGUGUUGUUGACCUGCCUGAAGAAAAUCGAGAAGCUGCCUACAAUGCCAUUACUUUACCUGAAGAAUUUCAUGACUUUGAUCAGCCCUUGCCUGAUUUAGAUGACAUUGAUGUGGCCCAGCAGUUCAGCCUGAACCAGAGUAGAGUGGAAGAGAUAACCAUGAGAGAAGAAGUUGGGAACAUCAGUAUCCUACAAGAAAAUGAUUUUGGUGACUUUGGAAUGGAUGACCGUGAGAUAAUGCGAGAAGGCAGUGCUUUUGAGGAUGAUGACAUGCUAGUAAGCACUAGUGCUUCUAACCUCCUGUUAGAGCCUGAGCAGAGCACCAGCAAUCUGAAUGAGAAAAUUAACCAUUUAGAAUAUGAAGACCAAUACAAGGAUGACAACUUUGGAGAAGGAAAUGAUGGUGGCAUAUUAGAUGACAAACUCAUUAGUAAUAAUGAUGGCGGUAUCUUUGAUGAUCCUCCUGCCCUUUCGGAGACUGGGGUUAUGUUGCCAGAACAGCCUGCACAUGAUGAUAUGGAUGAUGAUAAUGUGUCAAUGGGUGGUGGACCUGAUAGUCCUGAUUCAGUGGAUCCUGUCGAACCAAUGCCAACUAUGACUGAUCAAACAACACUUGUUCCAAAUGAGGAAGAGGCCUUUGCUUUGGAACCUAUCGAUAUCACUGUCAAAGAAACAAAAGCCAAGAGAAAGAGGAAGUUAAUUGUUGACAGUGUCAAAGAGUUGGAUAGUAAGACCAUUAGAGCCCAACUUAGUGACUAUUCUGACAUUGUUACAACAUUGGAUCUGGCACCACCCACCAAGAAAUUGAUGAUGUGGAAAGAGACUGGGGGAGUGGAAAAACUCUUCUCUUUACCUGCCCAGCCUUUAUGGAAUAACAGACUACUAAAGCUUUUUACACGCUGUCUUACACCUCUAGUUCCAGAAGAUCUUAGAAAAAGGAGGAAAGGAGGAGAGGCUGAUAAUUUGGAUGAAUUCCUCAAAGAAUUUGAAAAUCCAGAGGUUCCCAGAGAGGAACAGCCACAGCAACAGCAGCAGCAACGUGAUGUUAUCGAUGAGCCCAUUUUGGAAGAGCCAAGCCGCCUCCAGGAGUCAGUGAUGGAGACCAGCCGAACAAAUGUGGAUGAGUCGGCCAUGCCUCCCCCACCACCUCAGGGAGUUAAGCGGAAAGCAGGACAAAUUGACCCAGAGCCUGUGAUCCCUCCUCAGCAAGUAGAGCAGAUGGAAAUACCUCCUGUAGAACUGCCUCCAGAAGAGCCUCCAAAUAUCUGUCAAUUAAUUCCAGAGUUAGAGCUUCUCCCGGAGAAAGAGAAGGAGAAAGAGAAGGAGAAAGAAGAAGAGGAAGAGGAGGAGGAAGAAGAUAUUCCAGGGGGUGAUCAGGAUCAAGAAGAAAGAAGAUGGAACAAAAGAACUCAGCAGAUGCUUCAUGGUCUUCAGCGAGCUCUUGCUAAAACUGGAGCUGAAUCUAUCAGUUUGCUUGAGUUAUGUCGAAACACAAACAGAAAGCAAGCUGCGGCAAAAUUCUACAGUUUCUUGGUUCUUAAAAAGCAGCAAGCUAUUGAGCUGACACAGGAAGAACCAUACAGUGACAUCAUUGCAACACCUGGACCAAGGUUCCACAUUAUUUGA